GUCAGUCGCGAGAGGCGCGGGCGGCGCAGCGCUUGCGCAACACGCCUCGCUCCCCACAGCGUCGGCGCUUCUUUGUUUACGUUACUUUGUGUUCGUCGCGCGCUCCAUACGCUUGCUAUUUGUUGUUUCACGAAAUGUAUCUCUGUCAUCUCCGAAACUCAGUGUACGUAAAGUUACAAGGUUUACGCGAUUCUGGAGUAGAGCCGUAGUGCGUGCUUGCGAUAUGGAGUGGUUUAAGGGCCUGGCGGGGCGCGUGCGGCAGGAGCCCGAGGCGGACGAGGCUCCGGCGCCGCUGCUGGAGACGGCUCAGGAGCGGCGCGAGCGCUGGCGCAGCGUCUACGUCAUCUACUUCACCAUGUUCCAGAUGUCGCUGGGCUUCAGCAUCGUGCUGACCGGAGUGUGGCCCUACCUCGACAAGUUGGAGCCGGGCGCGCAGAAGGAAGUGCUGGGGCUGGCGGUGGGCGCCAACCCGCUGGGGCAGCUGGUGUUCUCGCCGCUGCUGGGACUGUGGGCCAACCGCGCGGGCUCGGCGCGCGCGCCUCUGCUGACCACGCUGGCGCUGUUCGUGCUGGCCAGCGUGCUGUACGCGCAGCUGCACCUCACGCGCCCCUACGCCAAGUACUGGAUGGUGUUCGCCAGGUUCCUCGUCGGCGUCAGCUCAGCGAACAUCGCGGUGGCGCGCUCGUACCUGUCGGCGGCGACGCUGGUGAGCGAGCGCACGCGCGCCGUGGCCGUGGUGUCGCUGGCGCAGGUGCUGGGCUUCGUGGUGGGCCCCGCGCUGCAGGCGGCCGCGGCGCCGCUGGGCCCCGGCGCGCCCUACGCGCCGCCCGGCGACCUGUCCGCGCCGCUGCGCCUCGACAUGUACACCGCCGCCGGCUGGAUCAACGCCGUGCUCGGCUUCCUCAACUUCCUGCUCUUCCUGCCGUGCUGCUUCAAGGAGAGGAAGAUCGCGGCCAGGGAGGCCAUGAUCGCGCAGGGCGCCGACAACGAAAAGGAAGCUUUAAAAGCUUUGAAGCCGGACCCGGUGAGCAGCUGGACGCUGGUGGCGGCCUUCUUCGUGCUGGUGUUCAACUUCGUGCUGCUGGAGACGCUGGCCACCAUGCUGACCAUGGACCAGUUCGCGUGGAGCAAGCGCCAGGCGCUGGAGUACAUGGGCGCGCUGAUGAGCGGCGGCGCCGUGCUCGCCUGCCUCACCUUCGCGCUCAUCGGCCCGCUCACGCGCGUCUUCGAGGAGCGCGCGCUGCUGCUGUGGGGCGGCUUCCUGCUGACGGGGCUGGCGUCGGUGCUGUGCAUCCCGUGGGGCCCGGGCCCGCCGCCGCUGGCGCCCAGUGGCGCGGCGGAGGCGGGCGGCGGGUGUCCGCAGGAGACGCAGCCGUGGUGCGCGGAGUCGCGGGGCCUCACGCUGGCGCAGUUCCUGGCGGGCUACGCGUGCGUGUCGGUGGGCUACUCGCUGGGCGUGACGCUCAUCCAGACGAUAUUCUCGAAGGUGCUGGGGCCGCGGCCGCAGGGCGUGUGGCAGGGUGUGCUGACGGGCGCGGGCUGCCUGUCGCGCGCGCUGGGCCCGGUGUUCGUGUCGGCGGUGUACGCGCGGCGCGGGCCCGUGGCCACGUUCGGCAGCACGGCGGCGCUGACACUGGCGGCGCUGGCGGCGCUGCGCCUGGUGUACGCGCGCCUGCAGCCGCCGCCGCUGGCGCCGCCCGCGCCGCACGCCGCCGAGCUGCGCCCGCUCAAGCGCGACGUGCCCGCCUGACCGCCUCGCCCGCCUCGCAUUCAAACACUCGUUACAUCGUACACUUUAGAUGCUAGUUUCAAGGAUCCAAUAAUGAUGUAAGAUUGUGACGUAGAGUCCUAAGACAUCAGGAUAAUAACCAUCUCAUCUGAAUAGAAAUCCUCUCAUGAUAUUGAUGCUAACAAUUAACAAUUUGUUUAAAAGAAGACACUCUCGAUUCAGGUCUCAGUUAGUGGAAUGUUAAGCAUUGGUGGUACUCUAAUACUCGUAUUUUAUACUGAUAGUGAGAUGGUUAUUUCUAUUUAAGUCAAUAACUGUGGCACCUGCGCGUAGGAUACCUACGUGAAUAAGCUUGACACGUACGUUACGUUUUUUGUAAUGUGCCAAAAUUAUGCCACAGUUAAGACUCGUCAUAGAAAACAACUACCGUUAUUAAUUAUGUAACAUAAUGCAGGAGAAACAAAGAGAACAAAGUAAUACGUAUUUGUGAUAUAUCAUGUACCUAGUGGAGCGUAGGUGAAUAGUUGUAAGUAUACAGUAUGUAUGUCGCAGGCGGGUCGCGGCGUGUGACGUGCUAAGUUCGCUGCGUAGCGAUGUUAGACUAAGAUAAUAACGACACGUUGGUAACCAGGCCACGAGUUGUUGUUGUUGUGAUAAGUUAGAGUCGGUGAUAGGCAUAUCUAAGACUGAGUUAGAUAGAUAGUAGGUACGCUGUUGCAGUAUAAACAUUAUACAGGGUGUCUUGUAGCUUCUAUGUAUUGUAAUAUAGUGGCGUGGAACUGACUCUUUUUUGCGUACAGUAGAGAAUUAAAAAAAAAGUGGCCAAGUGCGAGUCGGACUCUUGCACGAAAGGAUCCGUAUUAUUAUCGAAAAAAAAUCACAGCUAAAAUAUUUAUUGUCUUCUACCUUUUAGUAUUUGUUGUUAUAGUAACUAUAUAAUCUAUGGUUAUAGCGGCAACAUAAAUAUAUAACCACCAUCACGAUCCUUUCGGAAUAGAAGCCGAAACACUAAAAUGCUGGUUUGUAUAUAUAAAUAAUGUAAAUAGAGUCAGUUUUACACCGAUUUUUGUAAGGUAUUAUUAGGAAAAAGAUUUGGUGAGUGCUUCUGAAAGUACUCUGAGGGCAGUCGGAGGUUUGCGUAGGUAUUGUUCAGUGCUCGGUUAACAGCUGGAUGGUUUGGCUUUAAUCUUACCAACCUUGGCUGGCGACUGCCUGACGAGACACGUUGACGCUCAACUGUGCACUGCACCUGCAGGAGGGUCCGUACUCGCAACUUACUUUUGCCCUGGGUCUUUGGGCUAAAGCCCAACUGGCUGCCAUUCGAAACAUACGACAGAUGGUCGCAGUUCCUUCGGUAUAGCCUUAUAGGUGGGUACUUACCCUUGCGGAACAUGUAUGUUAUCUAUGUAUAACUUGGCAGUUAGAUAAGAAGUGAAGGAACAUGAAGUUAUUGUCGAUAGUAACGCUGUAAGCCAGUAAGAUAGGUUGGUGUUCGGUGCACGUCGAGUCUGCUGGGGCGUUGUCAGUCGGAGGUGGAGCUCCCUGCUCACGUCACAUGUACAUAUCCUUAGAGUAAUGUGUAAGUAGAUGUAAUGUUUUGUAUAUUUUUGAUAUGGUUUUUUUGACAUCGAAUAAAUUAUGAAUUGAU